AUGAGCGGGUCAAUACCUGAUUCCCUACCAAGUUUGCCUUCCCUACAAGUUCUACAUGAUGGUGGCUCUGUAUGCAACAAACCUUCUCCAAGCCCGCAAAGAAAUAAAGUAGCUAUCAUAGCUAUUUCAGUAGUGGUUCCUGUGUUGGUAGUAAUUUUACUUCUUGCAUAUUUCAUCUGGUGGCAGAAAAGAAAGCCUAAUGUGCAACCAGUCCCCAUACAUGGCCCAACAAGAGAUCCAGAACCUGAUAAUGCUUCAGGAAGCAAAAAAGGUCAUGGGUACAACCUGAAUAAAACUGAGAAUCGCCAGUUCACAUACAAAGAGCUCGAGAAGUUCACUGAUAAUUUCAUGAAGUUCAUAGGACAAGGAGGUUUCGGGCCCGUCUACUAUGGCCGUUUGGAAGACAGCACCGAGGUUGCUGUCAAGAUGCGGUCUGAAUCAUCAUCACAUGGGCUUGAUGAAUUUUUAGCUGAGGUCCAGAGCAUGACAAAGGUGCAUCACAGGAAUCUAGUGUCUUUGAUUGGUUACUGCUGGGAGAAAGAUCAUUUGGCACUGGUGUAUGAGUACAUGUCUCAGGGCAGUCUUUUUUAUCAUCUGAGAGGUAAAAAUGGUGUUUCUGAAGCCUUGAACUGGAGGAAACGUGUACAAGUAGUGCUUGAAGCUGCACAAGGCUUGGAUUAUCUGCACAAAGGUUGCAAUUUGCCAAUAGUUUACCGUGAUGUGAAGACCAACAACAUUCUCUUGGGUCAAAAUCUGCAAGCUAAAAUAGCAGAUUUUGGACUUUCCAAGACAUAUCUUAGCGAUACACAAACUCACAUAUCAGCCACUGCAGCUGGCACAGCUGGUUACAUGGACCCUGAGUACUACCACACUGGAAGGCUCACUGAGAGCAGUGAUGUGUUCAGCUUCGGAGUUGUUCUGCUUGAGGUAGCCACCGGCGAGCCCCCAAUAGUGCCAGGCCAUGGCCACAUUAUUCGGCGUGUUAAACAGAAGAUUGCCACUGGUGACAUCGGCUCAAUUGCUGAUCUGCGACUUGGAAGUGCCUAUGACAUCAGCUCCAUGUGGAAGGUAAUCGACACCGCUGUGAUGUGCACCGCGGAUUCUGCUGCUCAAAGGCCAACGAUGGCCACAGUUGUGAUACAGUUGAAGGAGAGCCUAGCGUUGGAGGAAACUCGUGAGAAGGACAGUAGCAUCAGGGUAAGCCGAGGGAGUGAUAUAGAAGCUAUGGUGUCCACGUUUCGUCCAUUGGCAAGAUGA